UGGUUUGCCAAGUCGGAAAGCUGUCUCGAAAGUGACAAAUAAGAUAUAACUGGACAGUGACCAUGACUUCACACAAUAUUCAACGACAGAUAGGCUUUGAUCAAGAUACACCGUGAGACUUGAAGCAACUAACGAGCAAUAACAGCUCAUUCAGAGUACGAAGACUUUUCAAACUGGAAUGUUGCUUGAAUACUAUCCUUGCUCAUAACCAAAUUUGGAUGAAGGAGAUCUUUUAGGAAAAUCCCCACAGGGAGCAAGAAAACUUACGAACUUAAUCCAGAGUGCCAAGAUGAACUACGGGUUCAAAAUCCUACUAGGUCAUACUAAACUCACCUACCUAGGUCUCGUCGUUCAGGUCAGGCCGUCAGAAGUCAUAAGUUGCUUGUCUUUUUUGGACUCUUAUUAGCAGUAUAAAUGCAAUACAUACACCUUUCGCGGCCGGCUGGCUCGCACAAUACUGGUAUAGUAUUACUGAUUCAUAUCAAGAAAUUGAAUAAACGACUCCUCAUCAGCCUUCUUGCAACAUCGAAAUGUUGUGGGUCGGUCUUGGCAGUUGACCGGUCGCCAGCCGGUUUCAGCCGAUAACAUGCAAGGAUCUAAUCUUAUCAAUCUAGUGACAUAGCCUUGGCGAGAGUAACAUCAUCCAUCAUGGGAUCAGUUCCCCUCAGCUUAGCGCGGCCAACUUCCGCCAUUGUUCACUAGCGAAUUCCUCACGCGCCAGCAGAAUCCAAAGCCAAAAGCCAUCGGAUUUCCCACCGCCUCGCCUGGUUUACCUUGUCACCUUCUUCCUGGCCGUGUUCUCAUUCUUGGUUAACCGUGUCCAGCGCAUCACAGGUCAACCUUCUCAUCAGCCUCUCAGUGUCAUCGACUCUGCCUACGCGAUACGAUUAAGAACGACAUCAUGAAGAUCUUGCAUGCCAUAGCAGGCUUUGCUGCCACGACGCAGGCUUUCACGCCGGCGUCCAAUAUCUUUGGCGACAACGAUAACGCUGAUACAAACGCUCCUCAUAAGAUCCCAACGGUCCACGAGUCCGUUGUCAUGGCGCGCCGCAUCCUUGCUCUUACCAAGCUUGCGACACUCUCAACCGUCUUCCCUUCUGGACGAUCUAAUACAGAACCCGAGACCGACAGUAAUGGACUUGAGGGCGUCCCUAUCGGAAUGAUGGAUUAUGUGGCGGACUGUGAGGAUGAAGGUAACCCUACCAUUCUCGAGAUCAAGAUCGCAACAACGUUCAGGAACGUUCGGGCUGGAUCAAACCUUACCCUCUCCAUGAACUGGGUUCCACCCUAUCCGCCCGCUAAGCGUAUCUCCCUUCUUUCACGACUCUCGGCAUAUAUCCCCUUCCUCUCCAGUUACGAUUACAACAGCCGUUCGGAGGAGUCGCUCUCCGUGCCGGACACUGUCCCUUACUCUGCGGCCAACUUGCCACGUUUUGCCCUCUUUGGGUAUCUUGAGCCCAUCGAGACCACACCGGUAUCAGCCCUGAAGCUUGCGGCAUGCUUCACACGCAAGCACCAGGACGCCAAGUACUGGUUGCCUGGCAAUGUAAUCCAUGAGAGCGGUUGGGCGCGUCUGGUUGUAACCAAGAUCUACUGGGUUGGCGGCUUCGGCGACCGUGCCCGAAUCGGCUGGCUGCCCGUUGAUGAGUGGAAGAGCGUUACCAGAGAUGAAUGGGAGAGCAUCAAGCUUCCCGGUGAGGAGAGAGGUUGGAGCGAGUGGUCAGUUAAUGCUGCAGAGCUGUAGUAGUGACAUCGCCUGAUCUGAAUGGAAGCACUCGUUUCUUUUCCUCUUCUUUUUCUUUCUGUUUGAGACGAUACAAGAUUCGGGCGGGAACAUUCUUUUGUAAAUGUGUUUGCUACGAAUAUAGUGCCAUACUUGAUCGUGGCCGCAACUGUUUGCACAGGAGGAGUUGAUUUUACAUAAGCCGGGGCGGCAAUCAUCUGGUAGGGCAGCACGAGCCUUUCUUUCAUAACAUUUUCCUUGUGUCCCUUGAGAUGACAACUUGUACUCUCAAGGAGAUUCCUUGAACACGGCACGCAGAUAACCGAAUUCACAUUUUGAAUAUUUUGGAGACAUGUUGUCUCACUUGACAUGCAUUUCUGCUGUGCUACGGUCCGACGGGAUUGGCAAUGAGAUACGAGCGUGUUUGUCUCACGCAGCGUCCACGUUUGGCAAGCCGCGUCGCUAGGCUUGGCAACGUGUGGUGUGGUCACCAGUUACCGGAUCGGGGACUUGGCUCACAGCUGUUUGACCUCCGAGCCCGUGACGAUCCGUGUCCCAUCACAAACACCACAAAGUGUAGCACUCCCUCUCCUAUGUGACCGUGCACUUGACUGCGUUUGGGAGGGCCGGGCAAAGAUGUCAUGCCUCUUCUUAACUGGUGCAAGGGAUAGCAAUAGUCGUGGGUUGCACGACGUACAUACAUAGUCGCACGGAUUGAUCCGGCGGGCCACGGACGAUCCGAUACCCUGCGUUACGUGUGAGUUCUUAUUAGGUGCAUGUAGACGGGGAACUACAUGUUUGUGGGGAAAAUAUGCGUCAAUAUUCUGAGAAACACGGGAUGAGCUAGCGUGGCCUAUUGUUGAUAGCAUAUCUCAAUCCAGCAAGCCCAUCAGAAUCUCAGCCUACUGUUUAAGAUGGAGUUCUUCUACCGGUAUUCGCAUAUCAUAUCGAGGGUGUUUCAGGAACCCUCAGCCGUCUGCCCGUACAUGAUUCUCAAGGCACCGUUUCGUACAGGGGCACAAGUACAAAGGAUCUACAGUACAAUACAAAGAGACAUGAGACGAAUUACGGAACUCUGCAUGUGAAAAGGCCUUGUUACGGAACAACAUUGCCGCAACACAAUGGUCUCCCCCAAAGAGGAAGGUUUGUUGCACUGUCUGUUGAAAGUCAUUAGUCUAUCCCUCACUCACUCUCAGAAUCACCGAUUUUUAGACUUUAAGUGCUCAUACAGCUAACUACCCCUACUGGUCAGUCGGUAGAGGAUCUCGGGCCGGGGUUGGAUCCCGACGGAAAAGACAGGAUGUUCCACUCCAAGAAGUCGGACCAGCUGGCAGACAAGUUUUGAGAGUCUGGAGGCUCGACCUGGUGCUGUAAAAUUAGCCGUGAUACAUGCAUGAAGAGGCUUGUUUUGCAUGGGACAGCGUUGGAUGUGAGCUGAUAAGACAGUCACCCCGUAUCUACGGGUAUCUUCUCCGCAUCAACUGGCACACCGCAACACAAGCGCACGACCCUGUCAAGCGAAGCGAAUGAUAGCCAAGCCAAGAGCGGCUGGUAUGGGCCAACAGCAGCAUCAUAUUGAAGUUGAACCCCAUGAUCCGCACAACAGAGUCCCCUCCUGAGGCAAUAGAGGCUCGUCCAAUCAUCCCAGCGAAUAGACUUAUUCAAUUUUACCUAAAGUUUGGCGACAGUCAUCAAGUCACCGGCGAGGGGUAUCCGAAGCUACACAGCCAUCGGGGCUUGCGAGUGGCUUUCAGCAGGCAUCUGGCUUUGUGUCAGCGCCGAUGUGGUGUUUAUUCCCUCCCCGGAAGCCCAAGUCCCAACGCCCAUGUCGCCGGGAAGAGAGAAGCAAGGACCAGCCAAGGCGAGUUGUUUUUAGGUGGGAACACAGACCAUGGCUUGGCCGCUGAUGCUGUUAGAUCGAGGUUCUGGAUGGGGAACUAUCGGUCGAUUAUUUACAAUGGCUUGGCUUGGGGGUUUGAACUAAGUGAAUGGUGACGGUUGAUGAUUGACAUAAGAAUGACCCAUUCGCUUAGGCUUGGCUGGAGAGGGGGGAGCUGAAAGUUGUUGGAAAGGCGAUAUGCCAUCGAAUGAAGCGCUCUCGUCCGGCUGAAUGCCGUCAUGAGAAGCACCUUGAGAAAUGAUGGCUGGAUGGUCGUCUUUUACUUGGUUGGUCGAAUAAUGGCUGACAUCCAUGUCCUACUGAUAUGGAACAAGCCUUUGAGAGAAAAGAAACUCGUUAUUGUGCUCAGGUUAAGCACAAUGUAUUUCCCAGUUGAGUUACUUGCUUGCACGAGUAUCUCUGCAUCCAAAUGUGAUGACAUUUUACCAGAGUCAAACGGCACCUGAGGCCUCUCAUCAGUCACUCCCAACAAGCGCUGUGCAACUGUACAGACCCCAAUAGAUAACGUGCAUUCCACGAGGCAAAUGCUUCUCUGAGAUCUUAAGCUGCGCGAUUGUGUGCCUCCAAGCGGGGUUGAUGGCUUUUGGCUGGGGGCUGUAAUGUUAUUUGAUCGCCAAGCAGGUAGCCAACUGUAACCCCUGAAUAACACAACAAUGUUAUGCACUCUGAUGCGACCUCAACGCUUUCACUUCAAACCGCCCGUCAAUCUCAAUCCUUACAAGCAAUUCACCCGCUUAUCCCUUGGAGAGUCAACACGUAGCACUGUACGGAUAGAGGGUUGCUUGUUGUUCAGGAUUCCUCAGUCAUUAGCAUAAGAUCGUAAACCAGCCACGAGUCAUCUCUUACGAUGUAUCGCCACUUGACGCUCAGCGUCUCCCCCUAUCGAUCUUGUCCAAAAUCCUCAAGACUUGCGCUGUAAUAACACUCAUGUAAUGGAAUUGGUUUCCCAGUCCCAGACCCCGUCGGUCCCUAUCCGCAGCCAUAGCCGUAGUCUAAGCCCGUAGCUCGGGUCGGGCCCGCACGGGCAGUCUCGAGAAUCAAGAGACAACCGACGAA